GAGGAUGUCUAUGUAUUGACCUUUCACAGCAUUUACAUUGUUAAUUUUAAAAAAAUAAUAGUAGUGAUUAGUAUUAGGCCUCUAAUGAUGGACUUCUUAGUUUUUAAUAUCAAUUUGUUUAUGCUACUUGGACAACAAUAUGAAGUCAAAUCUAUGUAUCUGGUAGUUGACUUUUUUUUUACAAGGAUGUCAUACAACAUCAUGGUUGACCACUAUUAGUUUAAAUUUGAGAACAUGGUUUCGAUUUUUUUUUUUUUUUGCUCAAUAUAUAUAUCUAUCAGCGGCACCGUCUGUGACGGGCCGCUUGAAUCACUUCCGGUGCCCUGACAUGUGAGGGUCACGGAUGACACCAUUGAUAUAGGGGGCACAUCAUAUCAACUCCCUAUACACACACAGGAGGUUAUAUGCUACUCACCCGUAUGCGUGACGUGUUGCGCGAUUGAGAUGCACAACCCAAGUGGAAUGUUCGAUCAUUAUUUAGUGUCAUGUCGCAUAUCCAUUUGUGAACAUCUAGUAUUUUUUUUAAGGAUUUAAAUUUUAGGAUAUAAUAUCUAGACUAAAGGAAGUGAAAAUUAAAAUAAUAAUAAUAAUAAUAAUAACACUAGGUGCUCACGGAUAAGUGUGCAGUAUAUCAUUCAUAUAUAUAAUGUUAUGUUGCACACCUAUCCGUGAGCCUCUAAUAUUUGUUUUUAAGUUUAGGAUAUAAUAUUUAGGUUAAAAUAAGUGAUUUUUUUUAAAAAAAAACAUUGAGUAUUCAUGGGGCGCUCACAAAUGAGUAUGUAGCAUAUCAUCCUUCUAUAUAUAUAGAGUGUUUUGUUGGAUGGCAUACGUGCGUGCCUAUUCUGUGCAGCUACGGGGGAGUGGCCCAUCUGGGCACUUGACAUGUGGCCCCCUUCUUCACAACCACACACGGCAAGCACGUACUCCUAUCAUGUAGUGGAAUAAAUCCCCUAUAUAUAUAUAUAUAUACAUACCAAAUAUAAGUUUUCAUAGUUUAGGGUUUAAAAUUUAUGAUUUAGUCUUUAGGAUUUGGCUUAUAAUAUUAAAGCUAAAGAAUUUUUUUAAAAAAAAUACAUAUGGUGCUUACAAAUUGUGCACCAUAAUAUAUAUAUAUAUAUUGCACAUCUUUAUAUGAGCGACUGUGGGCAACAUCCGACUUGGAUUAUCUGACGCAGUCAAAAUCAAUUUUUUUAAUCCCUCGCUUAUCUGCAUAUAACAAUUAUCUUUUCUCUCCUUUUCUAAUGAAGUAGAUAACAACGAACCUAGGCGAUCAACUUGGCCCUACAAAAAUUUUCCGUUGGCCACCUGUUCUUCUGCUGGGUGUUGGUUUGUAAAAAGUAACAUCAUCUUUCAUGCAAUCAAAGGAGAGAGAAGAGAGUUGUUGCACGUAAAUAAGAGAGGGAUUAAAAAAAAUAGAUUUUGGCUACUUCAGAUCAUCCAUGUCGGACGUCGUCCACAACCGCUUAUACUUCUUUAUGUAUUUAAAUAUAAAACUAAUGUAAAAGAUAAAAGUUGAGUUUUGAAUAAGUUUGUAAGGAAAUUUAUUAAUAAAUUAUGCACUAUUUUUAUUAUAAGUAAUAUUUAAGUAUGUUUAUUUUAUAUUUUUAUAUACAAUGAAAGGAAAUUGUUUUUUUGCUAAAGUUGAAUAUUAAUUAAUCCAUAAAUAUUAUAUUAAAUUGUAAGCUAAAAAGAGUAAAAAAACACUAAAUCAUUCUUUAAAAAAAUCAAUUUAAGCACUAAAUCAUGAAUUAAUGGAUUUUAAACAUUCUUUAAAACAGAAAUCGUAAAAAACAAAUUUAAAACACUAAAUCGUAAAAAACAAUUUAUGGAUUUUAAACAUUCUUUAAAAAAAGUCAACCUCAAAUUUAAACACUAAAUCAUUACCUAAUGGAGAGAAAAAAAUCUAUCAAACUAGAUAACAAUUGACAAAUAAACAAUCGUAUCAAAACCAUUUUCAUGGUCACCACUAACAUCAAUGGAGCCCAAACCAAACUUUUUUAAAUCAACAAAUGAAUUGGAAGAGAAGAUGAUGAGAAGUAGAACUAUUUCUAAAGAAAUCAUUUCUUUAGAUCUCUUCUAUCACUAUCUUCCUCAUUAACAAAUCCAUUCACACAGCUAAGAACUCAGAUUUAUCAUGUUGGUAAUUAUUUUAUCGUUGAGCAAUUCAUCAAAUCAAUUGCCGAUCGGCGACAGUCUUGCCCUUUUAUUAGCUCCCUUCCCUUUCUUUGUCGUCAAAAUCUCUCCCUUUCAUUUUGGAGAAGCAUCUACAAGUGCUCUUUCGGAACCCAAGCCAUAUUACAAUGGCGAAUCUAAAAAAGACUUCUUUGCGUGUGAACCCAAACGAGGACAGCGAGGUCUCAGAAGCUCACUCCGGCAAUCCUGAGAACACAAAGCAGACGAGAGGCAAUGUCGGCGCUCGCUUUCGACGAACCCAAACACCUCCGGUGCGCACCAAUGAAGUUCACUUUCGUAAGUUCCCGCGGAACAGCAAUGGGCAGCAACCUACUCAACAGGUUGAGCAUAAUUCAAGAGCUUUAGUUGAGAGAAUUCAUGCAACACAGACUGAGUUCGAUGUGAUAGUGCCGCCUUUCGACGGAUGGGAUGAGAAGAAUCCCAUGCCCGGUGAGAACUAUACAGAGAUCUUCGGAAAGGUAGUUCAUGCUCGAAGAAAUUUCGAGAGUCCAUACAAGUUAUCACAGCCUAGAGUUCAGAUGGAGACUGAAGCGAAGGGCCGUGGCUGCUUCAGCUGGAUCUGUUGAACAUAAAUGAAAAAUGUGUGAUGGAUGGAGAUCUGUUUCCCUAAAUGUCAAUUAUGAAACUAUUUGAAUGAUCUUUUAUUAUGAAUGCUUUAGACCAUGGCUCACUUCUUUAUCGAAUCGGAGACUUGUUAUUGUAAGGCUGAAGAAUCAUAUCCGAGUCGUGAUAACGACGAAAUAGUCGAUUAGCAAAUUACUAGUUUAAUGUUUAUGGAAGUUUACAAUGACGCCUUAGGGCUUUUGUGCCAUG